AUGGUUAUAUAUCUUUUCCGUUCUAUGCUCUUUAUCCAGCGCGAGACCCCUCGACCCGGCAAGUUGGCCCAGCCCCAAACAGCCAAGGUCCGUCUGACCCAUCAGGUGAUGCACAGACGGGCUGGAUGGCUUCACUCUAUCGUAUCGAUGAAGACAAAAUCCGGGUACGAUCCCCGCUGGAGGGAUUAA